AUCGACUCCAUGGAUCCUACUCGAGCUUUUGUCAGGAAUGUCAAGCGCGUAGUAAUCAAGGUAGGGACAGCUGUUGUUACGAGGGACGAUGGCAGAUUGGCAGUUGGCAGAGUUGGUGGUAUUUUUGAGCAGCUUGAAGAACUGAAUUCACAAGGCUUUGAUAUAAUUUUAGUGAGUUCAGGUGCUGUUGGAGCCGGCCGCCAAAGGCUUAAAUACCGGAGAUUAAUCAACAGCAGUUUUGCUGAUCUCCAAAAACCACAAGUUGAACUCGAUGGAAAGGCUUGUGCAGCUGUUGGACAGAAUAGUCUCAUGGCACUUUACGACAGUUUGUUCAGCCAGCUGGAUGUCACAUCUUCUCAACUGCUAGUGACAGAUAAUGAUUUUAAGUCUCAAGAGUUCAGAGUCCAGCUAUCUCAAACAGUGAAUUCAUUGUUAGCUCUGAGGAGUAUUCCUAUUUUCAACGAAAAUGAUGCAAUAAGUACUAGGAGAGCUCCGUAUGCAGACUCUUCUGGUAUAUUUUGGGAUAAUGACAGUUUGGCCGCUCUAUUGGCUCUUGAACUAAAAGCCGACCUUCUUGUUUUGCUGAGCGAUGUAGACGGUCUUUAUAGUGGCCCUCCAAUUGAUCCACGUUCAAAGCUAAUUCAUACAUAUGUAAAAGAAAAACAUGAAGCGACAAUUACAUUUGGAGAUAAGUCAAGGGUGGGAAGAGGGGGUAUGAAUGCGAAAGUAAAAGCUGCCAUCAGUGCAUCUCGUUCUGGUACCCCCGUUAUCAUUGCCAGUGGCUUUAUCGCUGAUAACAUCACGAAAGUGCUAAGUGGAGAACGAGUCGGUACUCUCUUUCAUAAAGAUGCACAUUCGUGGCUUCCUCUUACAGACGUUGGUUCACGCGAAAUGGCAAUUGCAGCACGUGAAUGUUCCAGAAAGCUUCAGAGUCUAUCUUCAGAAGAUAGGGCAAAAAUAUUGUUUGAUGUAGCCGAUGCACUGGAAGCAAAUGAAAGUUUAAUCCUGGCUGAGAAUGUAGUUGAUGUUUCUGCUGCAGAGAAUACUGGAUAUGACAAGUCAUUGGUAUCACGUUUGGCCCUGAAGCCUGGGAAGAUCUCUGCUCUUGCAAAAUCUAUGCGUACGCUUGCAGAGAUGGAAGAGCCCAUCGGUCAGGUUUUGAAGCGAAUGGAGCUUGCAGAUGGACUCAUCUUAGAGAAGAGAUCAUGUCCUUUGGGUGUUCUAUUGGUUGUUUUUGAAUCCCGACCAGACGCACUAGUCCAGAUAGCUUCAUUAGCAAUUCGGAGCGGGAAUGGUCUAUUACUGAAAGGAGGGAAAGAAGCAAUGCGUUCAAAUGCAAUCUUGUACAAGGUAAUAACUGCAGCCAUCCCAGAUAAUGUUGGUCAAAAACUUAUCGGGUUCGUGACUUCAAGAGAUGAAAUUACUGAUUUGCUCCAGCUUGACGAUGUGAUAGAUCUUGUGAUCCCUAGAGGUAGUAAUAAUCUUGUUUCCCAAGUAAAGAAUUCAACAAAAAUUCCCGUUCUUGGUCAUUCAGAUGGAAUAUGCCAUGUUUAUGUUGAUAAGUCAGCUAAUAUUGAUAUGGCAAAGCACAUUGUCUUGGAUGCAAAGACAGAUUAUCCCGCAGCUUGUAAUGCUAUGGAAACACUUCUUGUGCACAAUGAUUUGUCAACUAAUGGUGGGCUCCAGAAGCUUGCUCAAGAACUCCAAUGUGAAGGUGUUACUCUAUAUGGUGGACCAAGAACGAGCUCUUUAUUAGAUAUUGCAGAGGCCCAAUCGUUUCACCAUGAGUACAGUUCGAGGGCUUGCACAAUUGAAACUGUCAGUGAUGUGUAUGCUGCUAUUGAUCACAUACAUAAACAUGGAAGUGGCCAUACUGAAUGCAUUGUUACAGAAGAUUCCGAAGCUGCUGAACUUUUCUUACGUCAAGUGGACAGUGCUGCAGUAUUUCACAAUGCAAGUACACGAUUUUGUGAUGGUGCUCGUUUUGGACUUGGGGCAGAGGUUGGGAUAAGUACGAGCAGGAUUCAUGCACGAGGUCCAGUAGGAGUUGAAGGUCUAUUAACAACACGAUGGAUUCUAAGAGGUAGUGGGCAAGUGGUGGACGGUGAUAAAGGCGUCAAUUACACCCACAAGAACCUCAGUCUCGAGUAAUAGCACUGCAGGAGGAGACUCGUCAGGACAGCCUCUCUUGUUUCUUGUCAAUUUUGGUGUCACCCUUCUUUGCCCUAUUGUAGUUCUUGUAGUAGUAUUACAAUUUCUUUGCUAGAUGCUGUCUACCUGGAUAAUUCUUAGGAGAGAACCCUUCAUGAGUUUAUUUCUUUUAUUAUUAUUCUUUCACCAUGUCAACAAAUGAUGUUUUCAGUGCAGUUUUCAUAGAGCCUGUGGCUGAGACAAAUAAAUACA